AGCUCACUACUUCCCACACCACGUCCGCUCGCUCUCGCUCAAAAUUCGCGUCCUCUCGCUCCUCCGUCGACAGUGCAAGACCUCACCGAAUCAGUAGCUAGCAAACGAUGACACCACCUCCUUCCGCCGCCGUCAGCGAGGUCCAGGUCGAGUCCGUGAAGUUCCCGCCGUCCGUCAAGCCGCCUGGCUCCUCCAAGACCUUCUUCCUCGGCGGCGCAGGAGAGAGAGGUCUGGAGAUCCAGGGGAAGUUCAUCAAGUUCACGGCGAUCGGCGUCUACUUGGAGGACGCGGCGCUGCCGUCGCUCGCCGCCAAGUGGAGCGGCAAGAGCGCGGAGGAGCUGGCCGACUCCGUCGAGUUCUUCAGAGACAUCGUCACAGGUCCGUUCGAGAAGUUCUCUCGUGUGACCAUGAUAUUGCCGUUGACGGGAGCUCAGUAUGCGGAGAAGGUCACCGAGAACUGCGUCAAGUACUGGCAAUCCGUCGGAUCUUACACCGACGCCGAGGCUGCUGCGGUUGAGAAAUUCCGUGAGGCUUUCAAGGACAAAUCCUUCCCACCCGGAGCCUCGAUCCUAUUCACGCAAUUGCCAAACGGGUCACUGACGAUUGCCUUCUCCGAAGACGGAUCCAUUCCUGAAGCCUCGAACACAGUGAUAGAGAACAAGCCGCUCUCGGAGGCGGUAUUGGAGUCCAUGAUUGGCAAGCACGGGGUAUCUCCUCAAGCUAAAACGAGCCUAGCCUCGAGGAUUCAUGAACUCCUGAGGGACUGCGAGAAGAAGGCGGAUGAAGUCGACAAGAAUGUGGCCCCGACGGCAGCCGAAGUCAGCGUGGCAUAGAAUGGCGGAGCAGAAGAGGGCGGAAACAAGCUGGGUGUGGCGGACGCGGAAGAGGAAUCAAGUGGCAGAACAGUGGCACCUGCAGUUGUAUGAGGGUGGGAGAUGCAGCAGUUGUUUCAAUAAGGGAAAAUGACAUUAGUAACCUAUAUAAUGUGAAAUUUCAGUAACACAUAUAAUGUGAAAUCUCAUUUUUGGAUCUUCAGUUCGUUCAAUGUGGUGUAAAAUUUCGUUCUUGAGUGGGCACUUGAACCAUUCCUAAAUAUUCGAUAUUGCGUUUUUGUUUGAUCAGAAGUCACAAGUCCUCAAACUUUUUGUUGAACAUGCAAUCUAGUCCUGAAUUGUUGCGAAGCGUGCAACUUAAUCCCUAAAUUUUCG